UUAUAUCAAAUAGUAAAUUAUUAAUUUAGGACAGGGUUUUAAUGUUUGGUUAGUUGGGACGAAGUGUACACAAGUUAUUACAUCAGGAAUAUACAAAGUCGUAUUACGAGUCAAACUGUGUACGAAUUAAUUAUAAAGGUGCACCGGAAGUUAUCCCCCUUUUCAAACCAGCAAAUUGUUGAAAUCAGACGCUUUUUUCAACACCAAAGCAAUCAAAAGCCAUCACGUUACUAGAAUCGAAAUCAUGCCGCCAGUUAGAACGAGAGUGACCAAGAGAGCGUCCAGGAAGCGGAGGGAGACCAUGGGCACCCCAUCGAGAGGCAGAGGGCACCGGUGCAGUCAAAGCACUAGGCCCAGGACAAAUCUCGCGCCAACACGCCAGGCCCCGGCCGAGGCAACAGACGCCGGUGGAAUUCCCCCAGAAGCUCUUCCUCUGCCAUCCGAUACUAUACAACCUACGCUGACAUCACAAAUAGAUCAAAGCAUCCCUGAAAUCCCCAGUGGAAGCGGUGCAAGUACAGACAUGCAUGCAGCAAGUGCGGAGCUAACCACCCAAGUGCCAGGUGUUCAAAAUAAUGGUUCAAUAUAUUCUUUGGGCACAACACCAAUCAAGUUACAAAAUUUAUGUAAACAUUUAGUUGGAUACUCUGAUUGUGAAUUCAUAUUCCAGGGUUUUAAGUAUGGUUUUAAUCUCCAAUAUUUGGACCCCAGGGCACCCCGCGAAUCUUGUAACCUCCCUAGCCUCAAUGCUAAUACAGUAAUAGCUGAAAGUAAAAUUAAAAAAGAAGUAGCAUUAAAACGAGUUGCAGGCCCUUUUGUUCACCCACCAUUUCCAAACCUGCAGGUCUCCCCCUUAGGCCGUGUGCCUAAAAAAGAUGGUGACAUGCGACUCAUACAUCAUCUCUCUUACCCAGAAAACAAGUCAAUUAAUGAUUUUAUUGACCCUGAAGCAUGUACAGUACAUUACAGCAAUAUAGAUCAAGCAGCAGAAAUGAUAGCUAAGGUGGGGAAAGGGGCCUAUUUAGCUAAGACGGACAUUAAGUCAGCAUUUAGACUGCUCCCAGUAUCCCCAGGUGACUUUGACCUGCUUGAUUUCAGAUUUCAGGACAAAUACUAUUUUGAUAAAAUGUUACCUUUUGGCUCUUCAAUCAGCUGCGCAUUAUUUGACAGGUUUGCAUCAUUCCUACAUUGGCUCACUCAAAACUACUCCCAAAAUGAUCUGAUAAUUCACUACCUUGAUGAUUUCCUUUUCUGCGGCCCACCAGGCACAUCCACUUGCCACAAUGCCUUAAAUGUUUUUAAGGAUUUCCAUCCCUAA